CAGACCGGAGCGCAGCAUCCACAGCCACGGUACCUUUGGGAUGUGCCAGUAAAAAAAGACAGCUCGAAAUGCCCCGUGAAAUUCUCAAAGUUUGUCUUUUAUGAGAGCUGAAAGCAGAGAAUAAAUCACAGCGCGAGAGAGAGAGAGAGAGAGAGAGAAAGGAGAGAGAGGGGGAACAAAUCGCGCGGAGGUGCAUCGGCUCCUGCAGACAUUUCCAGCGGUGCCUGCCUGCCUGCCUUCCUGCCUGCUGCCCGGGCUCUGUCUGUCGUUCAGGAUCGUGAAGCGCAUCGGAGCUGGUGUCCCGAGCUGAUCGAACCGUCAGGAGGGAAGAAAGAGGAGGACAAAGCUGCCCAUCUCUGCAGAUAUCCCCCCCUGCAGCGUGCGCCGGAGUGGAGCAGACACACUGCAGUGAGCCUAGACACAUGACGCUUCAGUUUCUACACAUCUAAAUGGAAUGCAGCUGGAUGAAUAAUUAAUGUCAAGCCUGGAAGACCCCUGCCACUUUGAUGUGUGAGCACACCCACCAAUAAUGGCCCAUAGGAUACUGAGUGGAAAUAACUCUGAGCCAGACGUGUUCAUGCAUCUCGUCCAGCUCAGCCUGCAGACUCUCUCCAAUAAACACAUCUGACUUCUUCCAGAUCGCAGUGAGAGCGCGUGCAGCAUGAGGCUGGUGUGGAAAUCACUGGACAAGAUGAGGUGUCUGAGGAAACGCUCCACCAUCCCCUUCCUUGGCUUCCUCAUCACCUUCCUCCUCUUCCUGAACCUCUACAUUGAAGAUGGCUACGUGCUGGAAGGGGAUAAAAGGCAGCUUAGGGAAACAUCAGUUCACCCUCCAAGCUCAGAACGAUACGUUCACACCUUCAGAGACCUCAGUAACUUCUCUGGAUCCAUUAAUGUAACCUAUCGAUAUCUUGCUGGGACUCCGCUGAAUCGCAAGAAGUAUCUCACCAUUGGACUGUCAUCAGUCAAAAGAAAAAGAGGAAACUACCUUCUAGAGACGAUCAAAUCCAUCUUUGAUCAGUCCAGUUACGAGGAACUCAAAGAGAUUGUGGUUGUGGUCCACCUGGCAGACUUUGACCUGGUGUGGUGUGAAAACCUGGUGCAGGAAAUCACCAGAAAGUUUGCUCAUCACAUCAUAGCGGGGCGCCUCUUGGUGAUCCAGGCACCAGAAGAGUAUUAUCCGUCUCUGGACGGUUUGAAAAGAAACUACAACGACCCGGAGGACCGGGUUCGUUUCCGCUCCAAGCAAAACGUGGACUACGCUUUCCUCCUGAACUUCUGCACAAACCUCUCUCACUUCUACAUGAUGUUAGAGGACGACGUGCGCUGCUCCAGGAACUUCCUGACGGCACUGAAGAAGGUGAUCACCUCCAGAGACGGCUCCUACUGGGUGAUGCUGGAGUUCUCCAAGCUGGGCUACAUCGGGAAGCUGUACCACUCCAGAGACCUUCCUCGUCUGGCUCACUUCCUCCUCAUGUUCUACCAGGAGAUGCCCUGCGACUGGCUCCUCAUCCACUUCAGGGGUCUGCUGGCUCAGAAGGACGUGAUCCGCUUUAAGCCCUCGUUGUUCCAGCACAUGGGCUACUACUCCUCUUACAAAGGAGCCGAGAACAAACUGAAGGACGACGACUUUGAAGAAGACUCCAUCGACAUUCCUGACAACCCUCCUGCCAGCCUUUACACAAACAUCAACGUCUUUGAGAACUAUGAUGCCACAAAGGCUUACAGCUCUGUGGACGAAUACUUUUGGGGAAAGCCUCCUUCCACAGGAGACUUCUUUGUUAUAGUCUUUAACAAAUCGACCAAAAUUAAUAAAAUCAAGAUUUCUACUGGUUCGGAUGACCGUCAGAAUGACAUUCUCCACCAUGGAGCCCUGGAAGUAGGAGAGAAGCUGGUUGGGACUAAAAAAGGGAAACAGUGUUCCUCUUACAUCACAUUAGGGGAGUUCAAAAAUGGCAACAUUGAGGUUCAAGAUGUAGACCACAAAAUUGCCUUUGAUAUUGAGUGUGUGCGCAUUGUAGUGACAGCCAGUCAGAAAGAAUGGAUUAUCAUUAGAAGUAUAAGUUUAUGGACUACACAACCCCCCAGCCAAUGAGGACUAUCCAGAAAGACUCUUAAUAUCAUAGAGGCAAAGUGUUUUUUUAUUUACUAAUGUAUGUAUUUCCAGGUUUAUUUAUUCAUUUUGUAUGUAUUUAUUGAUACUCAUUUUGAUUGCUAAAUCAAUCUAUAGUUUUUUAUACCUGCAAGUUGUAACCUUAGUGGAGCAUCUUCCCAGUCAUUCUUACAGACUGUUUAACUGACCUCAGAGUAUUCACCAACGUAUGUUUUCUUAAACGUUCCAUAAGCCUUUUAUUUAUUUACGCUUUUAAUAGCUAUCCUAAAUUGGGCUGGGUGAGAAGUUGGUACCCUAUAUUGUAUUUAUGUUACACUUUUAAGUUGUGUUUUGCACCCGUCGAUCCAGGAUGAGGCGUUUAUUCAUUUAUAGUUUUAUUGAAGUGUGUUCAUGCAUCAAAGUCUGAUACAUCUUAUUAUUGUCCAAAAAUGUAUAAAAUGAAUAAGCAUACCAUUUCAUUGGGUGACAUAUAACUUUGCGUUGAUUAUAAACUCUCACCAGAGCACCAUGUGUUGUUAACCCUUCAGCUGAAUUAGGAUUGAAAUGUACUGGAUUUCCUUCAGAUUGAGAUAUAUCUGCUUAAAGCUACGGCAGCAAACUGCUGUAGCAAAAAAAACACAUUUCUACUACCGGCUCAAUGCGAAUCAGUCCAGAAAGGGGUGAAAUUUUCUUUGUCAGAUUCUUCAUGUUUAUAUGUCUAAUUUAUCAAUCAAUCAAUUAAUCAAUCAAACUUUAUUUACAUAGCACCUUUCAGACAAAUUAAAUUGUAGUUCAAAGUGCUUUACAAGAGUGCAGAAAAUUUGAUGACGCAAAAGUAGUGUGAAAAAUCAUUAUCAUAAUUAACAGCUACAGACAAAAUUAUGGAGGUCAGACAUUAUCUUUGGGACAGACUUAAAUGUUUUUUGGUACUGGCCUUUUCACGAGAUUUGUUGACAUUAUCAACUACUGGGCAUCAUUUUAGACUUAUCAUUCCAAUGACUCAAAGCUAAAUCGUUUGAGGGAUAUAUUUUUUUAAUGAAGGUGCUGUGUCCCACAUGUAAAGACUUUUAUCUGGUGCAAAGCAGUGACAGUCAUUGCAUCUAACAUUAAUGUGUGUAUCAUUGUAAAUGUGAUUUUGCAUACAUCAGCCAUAUCAAUUUCAAUAUAUCUAUACCCUAUUAAUUUAAUCAUAUCACCCAUCAUCAGUCUGAUGACGUUAGUAGGUAUCAUGUCAGGAAUGAAGACAAAUCUACCUGAGGGAACAGCAGACUCCUCAUUACCUGCUGCUUGGUUGAUUUAAUCUCAUCUUCUCUCAUUAUUUUGAACCCACUGAUUUGUUAUAAAUCAGCUGAAAGGAUAGCUAUUAAAAAGUGUGAAUGAAUAUUUUUUUGACAAAACAGGUUUCUCCUUGAAAAUACCAUCAAAUUAAAUCCAUGGUGUUUUCAGCAAUUAUUCAUGACUGCUUUUGAGAGUAGACCUGGUUUCUUUUGCCAUUAUGUCCCCAUUAGCCCCUUAAUUAUUUUCCCCCUUGAAACCGCAGCAGAACGUAUCAGAGGUCAUUGUUGCCUUGAAUAUUCACCCCUGUCACAAACAGCUCCUUUUUUUUUUUUUGUUGUUUUCUUUUGUAUUCUCUGUCCCGGUUUAAUCAUCCUCUUCAUUGUGUGAGCACUGUAUGUUCCGUCAAGGCUGCCGAGGGGAGAACAAUGUUUGUUUUCACCCAUCUUCUCUAAGAGCUCAGAUUAGAUUGCACAGUGAAGAAUGGGCCAGGUCUGCUCUUAGGUCUCUUUUUUUUUUUUCUCACCACAGCGCAAUUUUCCCGCAGUAAAUUGGUCUGUGUUUGCCUCGCUCUCUACACCAGCAAAACAACAUCUCCCCUGAAGCUAUAGGAUCUCAAUUCGUUCUUUCCCCUAUGUUGCGCUCUCACAACCCCAAUGUUUCUGCUCCUACAUGGCUGCCUCUCUGUGAUCUUUGCUCUUGGUUCGCUCAGUCUGCUGCUGCUUUGGGGUAUUUAACUUUGCUUUCCUUUGAAGUUCCUUUUAAGAAUUCCCCACCUUGCUUUAUGUUUAGCAGCAAACAUUUGCGAGAAUUAACGCUGCACAUGUUAAAUCAGCAUCAUCUGGAUGCUCAAAGCGUUCCUGAGACAAGCUUUGAACAUUUCCAUUUCCCAUGUUCGUGUAGUAAGGAUCUGUUGGUGAGCAAUGUUCAGCGACUGAUUUGUUUCUACGCUGAAACGUCAUCAAGAAUCACUAAAGGCAAUAAAGAGGUAAAUGUUUACAUACCACUGACGUUCUUUAGGAACACGUGGUGGAAGCAGAUUGUCAUUAAGCAUGCUGCGACAGUUUUGUAAAGCUCUGCUGCGGUUGGCCACCUGCUCUGUGUUUUCGCUCAAGGUCUCGUUCAGUGUCACAGAUUGAGGCCUUUUCGCAGAUUGGCUUGUAGCAAAACUUUGAAAUCCGUCUUCAGCAGGUCCCCCAUGUGCUAUCUGAAAUGAAAUUAGAAUGCCCACCACCUCACAAAACGGCUUAUUGUUUUUUUCCUUGCCAUUUGCCCGGAAAUGUUGCCAUUCAUUUUGGUGAAUGUCUCCGUGACCUGCAUGGAUCAGCUCCUCGGGAAGGGGAUCUCAUCUGAAUGGAUGAUGCUCGGAAAACACAAUCUACAUUGUGCUGUGCGUGUGGUGUUCUUUACGAUGCACACCAUGGUGCCAAUUCAGCUCCAGUAUUACCUGCUUAUGAGCUAUAAACCCAUGAUGUCACCGCAGGGCAGUUAGCUGUUUUACAAGUAUAAUGGAUGGCUUUGAUACGCCUCAUGCCCAGGUAGAGCAACCGUGUUGUGAGGCUGAUUUUAUUUAUUUAUUUAUUUUAUUGUUUUCAGCUGGAGGAGAAAUUGCUGUCUGAUCUUUAUUUGAAACAAGAUGCCAGCCAAAACUAGCUGCACGUUGCAGAUUUAUGGACAGAUUUACAUCUAGGGGGAUAACAACAAAAGCUGCAUAAAUUCUUCAAGUGGAUGUCAGCAAAGUGCUGCGCACAGCAAUUCAUUUGCAAUUGGCAGCAUGUUUAGAAACCUCAAUCCAUACUCGGGCCUUUGAGCGAGCAGUGUGAACAGGAUUAUCUAUACUGUACAUUUCACUUAAUACCACAGGAAGAACUGUUCUUUCCUCCUGUCGAGAAGCUAAUUAGUUAUAAAUGGUCAUUCUACAGUAGGUGUCCCAUUUGGUAAGAGUUUAACGCUUUAGAGGCAGAUCUCUGUGAGAAUAAUUGAAGAGGUGUGUGCAGGCAGCUUGUUCAUCAUAUUGGCUGUGAGGGUCUGAUCAAUGACGCUCAAAGCAAGUGAUGAAUGUGAAUACAACAUGUAGGGUUGUGAGUUAUUUUGAAAUGUGAGCUGUCUUCCAGUGGAGCAUGUACAAAGUGCAUGAACAAAAGCAUUUUUUCAGUGGAUCAAACGACUCUUUUUGUACAUCAGGAUCUAUGACGUAUUGUUCAGCUUCUGCUCAUGAUAAUGUACUGGGUUUGUAUGUAGAAGCCUACCGAUACUACCUUACAACAGGUUUGGAGUUCACACGUUGCUGUUUAUCGUUCAGUGGAGCGAGUGUGUUCAGAUGUUGUUCCUUGUGUCUGUUUGACUUUCUCUGUUCUCGAAAUGGUACUGUAUUGUAAGAUGACAUAUAUUUUUUUACACGUAUCAUUUCAAAAUGUUGUACUGUAUAUAUUGUAUUUAAAAUGAAACUAGAUUAAAGGAUUGGAUGCCAGCUUUGUGGUGCAUUGACUACUGAGACAGAGCUGUUAGGCAGGAGGGCUCGGGGGAGCGCCAAAUAUUGAAUAUGUGUCUGCGGAGUCAGGGCUUGAAUAUUGGUUUGAAUGUCUUGAGGAAUACAAAACAAUAUUAACAUAACCCUGAAUCAAAGAUGUUGUCCCCUGUUGUCUUUGCCUGAUCAUGUUUUAUUGGAGUGUUUGGAAAU